ACCUGUUUCCGAGCAACAGGCGGAGAAACAUUCUUUUUGGGAACCAAUCAGGAACUGAUAAUGGUCAGUACGUACUCAGUGACGUAGUUUUGGCGCGAAGGUGUAACCACAUGACAAUCACAUGAUGAUGACACAGCAGCGCUUCCGGAUGUGUUCAAAGUGGGGCCCUCUUCCAAAUAUAGUUGGGGCUUGGAAAUGAAUACUUAAAAGGGCCUACUCAGUCCCAGACGCUCAGCGACCAAAGGGGACGAGAAUGAGACUGGUGAUGAAAAUAUUCAUAAGGGCCUGCGCAGGCGUGGAGGCUAAUUUGAAUGGUUCGAAAAUGUGAAAGGAAUAUUGAACAAAAACAAUUGAGUGUCUCUAGUAUUUUUGUACCCUUAGCUUACUUGAUGCCCUAAACAUUGGUAAAGGAUGUGUCUUGAAAGGAAAAUCGUGAAGAUGGACGUCUGUGUGAAGAAAAAUAGCUAGUAUUGGACUUCAUGGAUUCUUGAAGCUCACGAGUCUGAGGAAGAAGAAUAUCGAUGGACGACGUUAAAGUGGAAAAUGUCCCGUACAAUGUGAUACCUGUGACAGAAUAUGAUCCUUUUGAGGCGAAGUUUGCGGCUUCUCUUUACUGGUUAGUAUUUCGUGCUACUGAAGAUGGAGAAUUUGAUGACAUCCCAUCCCAAGUAACCAGUCCCAUUCAGAGGGAUUCUGAGAAACGCAUUACUGUCCGUCCAGAGGUAACGGAAUUCCUUACAAAUGGUGUGAUUUACUGCAAGGUUUGUGACAGCAUCUUUGAUGGAAAAGUUCCUGUGGUUGGUCAGUGGGCUCUUCUUCAGACCCUCUCUCGUCACGGCUUUUAUGUGGUUGAAGAAGGUGACAUUGCUGUCACGGAUUCUGCUUUACAGCAAAAGAAACCAUUUAGAAAGUCCACACAUCUCGCACNACAUUGCACCAAAUUCACAUACGUGUAG